AUGAUGUCAGAGCUCAGAGUGGCAGAUACAGCAUUGAAUACAGAGAUGGACCUUCUGGAAGAGGAAUUGUGUCUGUGACCAUCACAAAUCUGACCAAGUCUGACUCAGGACGGUACAGGUGUGGUCUGGGCGGGACUUCGGAUCCAGAAUCAUUCAGUGACUUUGAGGUCAGAGUUUCAGAUGAAACUGGAAUCUCUGGUUUUAUGCGUUCAGAUACUGAAGGAGAAAACGUAACACUGGGAUGCAGCGAUACUGUCUAUGGAAGGCAGAAGUUCUUCUGUAAAGGCGAAUGUAAAACAGAAGAGGACAUUAUCAUUGAAACAGAUGGGAACAGAACUCAGAGUGGCAGAUACAGCAUCGAAUAUAAAGAAGGAUCUGUAUUUGGACUGUAUGUGAGCAUCACACGGGUGACCAAGUCGGACUCAGGACAGUACAGGUGUGGUUACGGCAGAGCUUUGUCUCCAGAUUCCUACCGCAAGCUUCAGAUCAUUGUCAUAGAUGCAACAACUCAGAGUUUGAGCUCCAGUUCAGGAAGUGUCACAUCUUCAACAGCUUUCCCUGAAACCACCAACCAGUCAAAAGCCCUCUCCUGUGUCCCUCGUCCACAUUACUUCUUGCCUCUGGUUGUGUGCCUGCCCUUGGUUUUUGUGCUGUUGGCUGUUUUUCUGCUUGUCAUCUACAAAUGGAAGACAAGGAGGAAUAGUGGUUUGAACACCAGAGGAAAUGCAGGCAGUGUACACAUGGAGUCCGUCAUCUAUGAGAACUGUCCUCCAGUGUCCACAUGUGAAGACUCCAUCUACCACACCCUCGAUCCAGAGAACGGGACCAAACCUACAUUUUAAGACAAGAUACAAAUGCAAUGUUUGGAUUUGAAUCUUGGUUUCGUACUGUGCAGCUUAUAAAGUGUUGCAAGGUUCCAUUUUCUUCCUUUUUUGUUGACAAAUAUUAUCUAUUAAUCAUAUUGUCUCCUCUGAUUAUACAACGCUGAUCAUUUGUCUCAUGGUGUUCAGCAGUAUAUCCCUUGAUUAUUCUAAAAUGUCCAAUCUGUUUUCAGAAAUGUAGAUGUUCUUGGUUUGUCGUUGUUAUUUUAGUUUAAUGAAGCUACUGUAUUUGUUAUCCUUUGUUUUAUUUUGUUGGUUCCAGCUUUUCCAAGUAUUUUAUCGUUUUCUUCAAAUUAGUAAAACAGCACCCCUCUUGAUUGUAAUGGCUGGUAAAUGUAAGUCAGCCUAUGUGGUGAAAGAUGGUA